AUGGCAUCGCCCGCAAAAACUACAUCUUCUUCUUCCUCGAUCACAUGGAGAACGAACUCUAUCAUGAAGAAAUAUGAACUCUGCGACCUCACAAGGAGAAGUUUCAGUGGAAACCCUUUUACAAAGCCGGUAGUUAUAACAAAUCCCAGAGCAUUUAACCCCAAAACUGCGGCUAAUAGCCCUUCAGAUUUUCCUCGAAGGCAUUCCACUGGAAGAGGAAGUGUAGAUUCUUUGAGUGAUCUCGACAAGGAGAACAGCAAAGACCAGAUUCCAAAACCCACAAGACUCAGAUCACCAGCUCCUUCAAAGGGCACAAAGAAUUUCAUGGCACCGACAAUCUCGGCUGCUUCGAAGAUCAAUGCGUCACCCAGAAAGAAAGUCUUGGUUGAGAGAAAUGAGCCAGCUAGAUCUUCUGUUUCAUUCUCUGAUAUAAAAGGUCUAACCAUGGAAGACAAGGAAUCAACCCCAGAGGUUGCUUUGAAGCAGAAAAAGGUCUAAUUUCUGAUGUUAGAA